CUCCUUUCAUCAUUGCUACUGUGCUCGGUAUGAACAGUUCACGAAACAAACAGGCACCGACAGUCAGCAAAGGUCAGACGGACGCAGACACCGGCUCGGAGACGGAUCACAGGGAACGAAAGCCUGGUGGAGGAAUGCUGAAGAAGCUGAAGUCGAGGCGCAGUCAAACGGAUAAGUGGCCUGUAGUCACAGAGGAUGAACUCCGGGCUCUGGGAAGAGAUAUUACCCCGGACAAUGUCCUGGGUCUCCGGGUAGUCACGGAGGACUAUCUGUGCAAACUUGAAGACAAUAUCUACAACAUUGACUUCACACGUUUCAAAAUCCGAGAUCUGGAGACAGGAACGGUGCUGUUUGAGAUUGCCAAACCUCCAAACGGCGGUUCCGCGGAGGGUGAAGACGAGAGUGGAGAUGUAGACACCAGUGCAGGGCGUUUUGUCCGAUAUCAGUUUACACCAGCCUUCCUAAAACUGUGCACUGUUGGUGCAACUGUGGAGUUCACAGUGGGCGACCGGCCCAUUAACAACUUUCGUAUGAUUGAGAGGCAUUACUUCCAGGGACGCCUUCUCAAGAACUUUGACUUUGACUUCGGCUUUUGCAUUCCCAACAGCCGCAACACAUGUGAACACAUUUACGAGUUUCCACAGCUUCCAGAUGACCUCAUUCGCCAAAUGGUGGCACACCCUUACGAGACCAGAUCAGACAGUUUCUACUUUGUGGACAACAAACUCAUUAUGCACAACAAGGCAGACUAUGCCUACAAUGGUGGUCUGUAAUACCCGCAGGGGGAAAUGUUUGCAAUACUUCCCAGGGGAUUGAUUUCCUGCAUUACAACCAUCCAAAAGCUUCUUUUUGGGGGGACAUAAGUAUUCUCUCCUUUUGUGUACAUUCCACCAAACGCAACAACAUUCUUCAGAACCAACUGACCACAUCUGCCUUCACAUGGAAUCAUGGAUCCAUUCAUCAGUAGAGCUCAGUUUCUGGGACUACGAGGAAUGUUCGCUCAGAUAUUUCUCUGUUAAAUCCAACUGAAACCUUUUUGUUCCGUCUCUCGGUUUGUCAUACAAGUGUCGUGUUACACUUCUGCCUGCAGUUUCUUGCCGUCUCUGCUGGAAAGGGACACUUUGAGUCACAGACGUCUCAUGGCUAAGCCUUUUAGACUGUUAGUUUUAACUUAAUUUACUUUAGUAUGUAGGUGUUAUCAGUUGAUGUUUAUUUGAACUACCCUUCGCAAGUGACAAUUGUGUUUCCCCGUAUGGAAAAGCGAGCAUUAACUAGAUGUUUUACAGUAUUGUAAGUCAUAGAUGAUCAUGUAGCACUAGUUGACAGUUUGAGUUUCAUUCUUGCUUAAAUAUCUACCAUCAGUUGUUUUUGUCAUUGGGACUGUUUGUGUCAAAUAUUUAAGCUUGGUGUCAAUUUCAUAAGGAACAUUAGGUCUUUGGUAGGACUUUUUUUUUGUUUAUUUUUUAAGAAUAGCAUGAGCUCUCUUUUCAUGAUGCCAGGUGUCAUGUUUACCCUGCUAAUAGCUCUCACGUUUUUAUGACAACAGUUUUCACGACAUCAUUGGCUGUCGACUGGGAAUCUAGUGUUUCUUCUAUCGAAUUCUGUAACCUCUGCACACUGGGACGCUGAAAAAAAAAACGAGUCCGUAGCAGAAUCUGAGUUUCAGGACUGGUUUAUAUGGCCUCGGUGUCUAAAGCAGUUUGGUCUUCCUGCUUUAUUCACUCAAAUGUAGUGCACGGUUAUUUGAUCCCCUUGAAGUCUGUCUUCCUGGUUUAUUUGGCACAACAGCACUGUGAAUCCCACUCUUUAGGAGCCGAGUUUGUCCAGCGGUGUGUUAUACCGAUCAAACGGGUCUUCUGCUGCUCUGCGCUCAGGUUCUCAAUCUACCAAUGAAAUACCCCAGUAGCACACAGCAUGACAGUACAGAGUGAUGUAGCUUGGUAGUUGAUGUAUUUUUAAUGAUGCAGUAGGGUAGAUACAGAACUUGACCCGUUUCUCUGUUCAUGGAAGACUAUACUGGUGGUUUUGCAUAUUGUAGCCCAUUUACUACAAAUUGUGUGUAAUGUUUUUAUUAUACACAAGUUUCCAGUCUAUUAGGUACACCUUCACAAUGUAAUGCAAAUUUGCACAACAGCCCUACAAUAUAUCCUUCUCAGUUAAGCUUGCAAUGCUCAUUUUUGGUUAAACCUUUUAAUCAAAAUAGGUGUUGAUUUGAUUAUGUGGUCAUGGGAGUGGUGCUGUUGAAUUGCAUUCCAUCUACUGAACGGUGUUCCUGAAAGGUUGGGAUGUCUGUAGUUCAAGCGACUUUGAGUCCAUGAAAAGCGCUAGAUAAAUUCAAUUUAUUAUUAUUAUUAUUGAACACACCAACAAUGAGGAGUUUGAAAAUAGUCCCUGCCUGUCAUUUCCAGUCUUAACUAUCCACUGUGAUUAGCUAGUUCCAUAUCUCAGAAUUUUCAUAUUGCACAGACAUGAAUGGAUAUCAGCGGCUGCCUGAAAGGGAGGCAGGAAAGCAUUCUAAAACCUUGUAAAUGGUCAGCAUUACUUUAACACUUACGUAAUGCAUUUAAAUCAUGCAAAACCACUGGAACAGUCUGGACGUCCUUUUUUAAAAACACAAAUGAUUCUUUUACUGUACAUUGUAACAUUGAUUCUUUGUGCCUUAUGUUAUUCAGGUGUUCAAUGUUGUUAUUUUUAUGUAAGAGAACGUUGUGCAUCAUCCACCUGUACGGCAAACACUGCAUUAACCUGAUGGGAAGAGAAUUCCCCUUCAGCUUCUUGCAGCCUACUUGGUGUCUUACAGAAUGUGUUGAGUCAUUUCAUAUCUUAUUUACUUUUUUUUGGAUCAGUGACAACUCAUGUAGCCCAUUUAUAACUCCCAACAAGUGUGAUAUCAGGCACACACUUGGACAGCCGUAGCCUUCGAACCUAUGACCUAUACAACAUAAAUCUUUUGUCAAUUGGACCCAAUGGAUGUAUCUCAGUUGGACUGCUGGUAAGCAGCACGGGUGUUGUAGGAGCAGUUGUGGGAAGAUUGUGCAUUGUUUGCCAUACAGUAUCAGUCAGGGGUAUUUUGUCGUAAAAUCAAAUGAUCGAAAUGCCUUGAGAAGUGGAUACACUUUACAUUUCUGCACAAAAGACUAAAUGACCCAAGAAAUGUAUGGAUCCAUGCUGUAACAUGUUUAGACUACUCCUUUUUUAUAUUGGCUAAUUUUACAAAUGAUACAUUCAUGUCAUAUUAGAUCUAUUGUAAAUAAAAAAUGGUGCAAAACAUUGAAAA